AUAUUCUCUAAUUCAGCUCCAUGGUUCCAGAGUUCCAGAAACCUCGAGUCACAGAGAUACAUGCCCGAAUGGACUGUAACGGAUGUGUGCAGAAGAUCAAGAAAGCACUCAACGGCAUUAAUGGUAUAUGUGAUCUCUAUAUUGAUUUCCCCCAACAAAAAAUAACAAUUAUUGGGUGGGCAGAUCCAGAAAAAAUUGUGAAAGCAAUUAAGAAGACAAGGAAGAUGGCCACCAUUUGCAAUAUUGAACCAACUGAAUCUCCAUCUCAACCAGCAGAACCAUCACCUCAACAAACAGAACCAGAACCUGAAGAAAAUGCACAAGCCCUUAAAGCAACACAACCACAAGAAGCAGAAUUUCCACCAGCUCAAGAAGGGUCCCCAGAGAAACCCCCAAAAGACAUACCACAGCCUGAACAGCCACCACAUGAGGCAACACUAUCACCAACAGCAACACCUGCAGAGAAUAAUACUAGACAGCAAUCACAAAACACCCCAGUAACAAAGGAUGUAGGAGAGGUUCAUGUGGUACACCACCAUCCACCUGACUAUGGAAAUAGAGUUGGUUCUGGCCAUAGCUAUGUUGGACACUGGGAUAGAUACCACAAUAGCCCAGCAUUACUACAAGAGCCACCUCAACCAGCAUAUGUGACACACAGCUAUAAUACAUAUAGGCCAUCACCUUAUGUCACAGAAUAUGAAUAUGUCAGGUCACCACCAAGGCACACACAUUACAAUCGUAUGGAAUACUAUAGUGCAGAUUACCACAAUAGCAAUGGAAACAUCACAUCCAUGCUUAGCGAUGAAAAUCCAAAUGCAUGCAGGAUUGUCUAG